AAUUAGUUUGCAAUUACCUACGCGUCAUACCAAAUGCACAGAGUAAGGAAUCUUAUAUUCUUUUUUUUUUCCAGUACAAAAACACAGUUUAAUCACAUUUUAAAAUGUGGAAUUUUUUAAUAUUGUUCUUACCAUUAUUAAUGAAUUAUUCAACUAUUAUUAAUAGCUACAAUCUUACUAGAAAUCUUAAUAAAGGAAUCGAAGAAACUGAAAACGAAAUAGCUCUUGAACUUUUAAGUAAAAGUUUCAACGAUCGUACUAGUUCAUUUUCAAUAUUAAAGAAAACAAAUAAUUUAAUAGGGAAAUCUAAUAUAUCCACAAAAGUUUUGUCUAUUAUCGAUGAAACCUUUCGCAAGACUGAGACGUUCUGUACGAACCAUAAAUGUUUAGACGAAAUGGUCUACAUUGUCGAUAACUUGAACAGUAACGCCGAUAACGAUGAAAAUGUACAAAAUAUAUAUUUUAAUAUUGCCGAUACAAUGGAAAAUGUUUCUAAAACUAUUCCAUUAUCAAAGAAUAAAUUCAUUGUUAGUAAAAGUAUUACCAUGGCAAUAGAGAUGAAUAUUUUACUAUCAUCAAUUAAUUUAAUUUAUGAUAGAAAAUUGAAUUAUUUUCCUCGAAAUCGAACAAAAAUAAUUAUGAAUUCAGUUAAAAAAGAAAAUAUUGGAGAUUAUUUAAAAAUUCACCAAACUAAGAUUCAAGCAAAUCAACGUGUUAGCAUCUUUGCGUAUAGAACCUCCAAGUUUCUAAAUUUGGGUAAUAAUGUUAAAAUUAUUAGCAAUAUUUUGAAACCAUAUUUCGAGAAAUCUACUACGAUUAAAGAUAUUGAAGUUGAAUUUAGUUUAAAUGAUGAAUAUAUUGAAGAAAAAUCGAAAUUAAUGACAAUUUGUUAUUGUGGACAAUUUAUUAAUGGAAAAUGGAUGAAAAGUAGAGUAAAAGAACUCGGUGAAACUAGAGUUAAAUGUAAUUUUAAUUCGUCUGCUCAUCUAGCCGUUUUAAUGAUUACAAGUUCAUAUGUUAAAGAAGAUAUCAUUCUGGAAAAGAUUCUAUUCACAGGACUAUGUUUGUCAAUUCCAUGCUUAGUUUGCAUAAUUAUAUCUUACGCUUUUUGCAGAUCUGCUAGAAAGACUACAAUACAACAUUCAAAAUUUAAUUUGGCUCUUUCGUUAGGCCUUUUGGCGAUGCCAUCUAUCGUCGUUGGAGUUAUUGCUGCUGUUGAUUACAAAAUGCUAUUUGAAAAGGGAGUUUUGUAA